AUACCGAAUCGAAGCGACAAGACCUAGUGUAGUGUAGAACCUGACUCAGAGAGAUUGAUGUCCGGUCCGUGUGUCGCCUCCCCGGCAAGCCGACAACCGAGACCCACAUACCUUGAACAGGCAACCCGUUGUCUGAUAUAUUAACUUGGUCUCCUCCCUUUUUCGUCUUGGGUUUCUCUUUCACCACCCAUACGUACCCAACAACCUUGACCUACAACAACAACCACAACAGCCAUAUAUGGUCUCGAAGCCGGAUUCUUCCUUACCUUCAUCCACAAACUCAACACCAACACCCUCAAAUUACAACAAGCACUCAAGCAGGGAACAGGCUAGCAUCGCAACAACAACCACCACAACCAUUGAACGAACACCACGAUCCACCUGCUUCCGACAACACACAUCACAAAACAUGUGUUCACCACAGGGCUCACCGCAGGGCCCGGUCGGCCAGUCCUACAUGCUUGUUCCUAAUCUGCACGUCCCGGACCCAACGGUGGACGAGAUAGAGCUUGACAACACCAACGCAUGGAUGGUAGCCACCGUUAUCGAGGACGAUGAUCUCAUGUUUGGCGGCAAGCCAUUGAGCGCAUGGUACGAGGAGGAUCGCAGACGACUGAGCUCUAGUAACGAGGAUGAAGAGGAGAUUCGAGGCCGACAGCGCGACCCCGUCGUAAGGUUCGAUGCCCACCAUCAACAUCGACACCACAACACCCAUCAUCAACCGCAACUGCAGCACCAUCACCAUUAUC